AUGUCGUCCUCGAGCUACCAGACGAUGCCGCGGCAUCGCAAUGCCUCCACGAGCUCGGCCGGGCGCUCUUCAAGAAAGGGAAAGGUUCCCGCCGAGCCGAGAGACUUCACAUCGUCGACUACCUUGGUCAGAUACUUCGAGCCAACAGCGGCAACGGCUUCAAUGCUGUUAUAUGGACAGGGUAACUCGGUAGUCGUUGCGCACCACGAUAGCUUAACGAUCGAGAGGCGAUUCUCACGCCAUUCCGCAGAAAUUCAUCUACUAGCCGUGGAUACGCAAAGCGAGAUUGGAGCGGGUCGAUUGGUAGUGAGUUACGAUGCGGACAUGACCGCAAUCGUUUGGGACUUGAUGACAGGUGACGAAGUUGCUCGAUUCGCUUCCUAUGAAACUCUUACGUGCGCAGCUUGGAUGCGGAACGGAAACGUCGCAUUCGGCAACACGCAAGGAAAUGUCAUUCUCUUUGAACCGACUACGUCUGAACAUAUUUCCGCACGAACCAUUGACCAAAUACCGAUAACGGGUCUUGCUCCUGCGGCUGAUUGUAGGACCUUUGCUAUUGGAUAUCAAAAUGGAUCGCUCCUUAUUGCUACACUCCAGCCACGAUUUACGAUCCUGCACAAUUUGAGCACGUCGAGGGCACCGUCGCCAAUCGUGAACCUGGCAUGGCAUGCCUCGUCCUCUCGGCAGAAGUCGGACAUGUUGGCUGUGCAGACCAACGAUGGCGACCUCAGGGUCUGGAGCGUGGCGAAGUCGUUCAACAGCGAAGAUCCUGCAAAGGUGGUCAGGAUCUUAAAACGCACGGAGAAUUACCAGAACGGACCCAACUGGAUGGGUUGGUCUAAGAAUGGUCGCAUUAUCCAGCAUUCUGAAGGGGAGACCCUCUCGUGGGAUGUUCGAACAAAACAUGUCACCAAGGACAGCAUCCCGACUCUAGAGCAUGUCCGCGGCCUCGCCGUCUACGGCCCGGGUGCGUCAUUGUUCACACUAGGGGCCAAUAACACUGUCCAGCAGUUCGAUCUAAAUACGCCAUCGAUGAUGGUCGCUAAUGUCCAGCAUCCGGCCAACCUUUUGCCACCGUCUCCUCCAGUCUCGAUCGAGGAGCAACCCGAGCAGGGUGUCGUGAUCAUCGGUACUUCUGAAUCAGACUCGUCGAUCCCUAUCAACCCUGAGAUUUCCGAAAGUGACGAUGAUCACAUGUCGCCGUUUGCGAGGCUCACCCGCGGUGCAGACUCGACCACUGACACGAUCGAACAGGACAGGUACAUGGCGCAGAGCCCGGUUUCUUCGAGGAGCCACUCAACUAUUUCCAGGUCGUCUCACGGCUCCGGUGCACGGGGUCGAUACCCAGCUUCGGUCAUGUCACGUGGAAUGACCGAGAACACGUACAUCUCUGCCGGGUCAUCCCUUAGGUCUUCGGCGAUGCCUCCAUAUGGUGACAAGGACGCCUAUUCGAUCAGCAGCAUCAGCUCCGCUUCGGUAACUUCGUCUUCACGAUCUCAUCGCCGGCCUUCACGACUAAGGAACGAGGUUCUACCCAGCCCCGAGGAAUCCAAGGUCAACGACCUCUUCAAGUUCACCAGGAGCCGUCUUCAUGACAUCCCUUACAAGCACAUGCCAUUGGUUGACCAAUCCCGUCUAACUAACGAUGACCUCCGUCAACAGAUGCUUAACAUCAUAUUUGGGUGGAACGGGGAGAUCGAAGAUCUGAUUCGCGAUGAGAUGUCCCGACAUCCACUAGGUUCGCCAGGACGUAUUCUUCUUGCGAAAUGGCUUGGCGAUAUCGACGCGGAUGUGAUGACGGCUACAUCCGAGAACAUGACAUCUUCGGACUGGAUGUUGCUAGCUCUAAGUGGAAUUGGUGGUCAAGCUUCUCAGCAUAAGCUCGGACGUGCAUACGUGCAACGUCUCUUGGAGAACGGUGAUGUACACGCGGCAGCAACGAUCAUGAUUGGAAUGGGAGACCAGAACGAUGCUAUCGAGAUCUACGUAUCGCACAGGAAGUACAUGGAAGCUCUUAUCUUGCUCUGCCUCUUCUUCCCUGGCGUGUGGGAACGACAAUCUCAGAUUAUCAAGAAAUGGGGAGAAUUCGCUAUCCAGCACGGCCAACAGCAGCUGGCAAUUCGAUGCUUCGCUUGCACAGGAAUGGAGUCAAGUGAGCCAUGGACGUCGCCGUCUGCGGCGCAGCUAACUUUCCAAUCCAUGAACCCAAGCAUCCCAGAAAUUCUAAGCCCGCCCCUAUCUCCUCCUGGCUUGAACCGUGGACCGCAGCGUAGCAUCGCGAAGACGUCGGCAUUAAAACUUAUCACCUCUUUUGGCGACCCGGGAAAGAAAUCGAAGUUCUUUGCAACUGGUGGUGAUGGAGGUCAGACCCCCAUUGCGGCGGGUGUCACGCCGAUAGCCGAGUCUGCUGUUUCCCCUGGUGUACAUGACCCUAGCACCGCAUUCCUACGUCCCUCGCAACGAAGCGCCUUCAACACGCCUGCUACCGCGAAGCCUAUUACCCCUGGUGGAUUUGGACGACAGCGUCUUCCCUCAAUAGGGGAGAUCCCACAUGAUGCCCUUCCCCGCAACCUGAACAAUGGUGAUCUACCAACUCCUCCCAAUGACCAGGUUCCUGAAAUGGUCCAGGCCCAACGUGCUCACCACGCGCAUAAGACUUCCACUGAUGAACGAUACGAUACUGGGCUUUCCGUACCAAGAGCUUCCACCGCAAGCCCAAUGAUGAUGAAGGACAACCACCGACGCAAGGAGGCACCACCACCGUCGCCAUCCCCGCAGUCCCUUGCUGCAUUGAUGCAACAGGGUCGUUCGAGCCGCAACGGGGCUCGAGAGCGUAAGCCUGAGGGUAUGGAAUUGAGGCUCCACUCUAUUGAGGCCGCCAUGAACAGUGACGUAACCUCCCCAGAACAGUCAGUGGCAUCAUCUGCUCGAUUUCAUUGGCCAAGCCGUCGUCGUGGACCGGGUUCGAUCGCAGGGUCCGUCACAUCGAACUCCAGCGCAGGACGAAGUUACCGAACCGACCGGACUGGCAACGGAGGCCGUGGCUUAAACGAGUACAUUCACAGCUUGGACACUGCAUCCCACUACUCCAAGAAGCAACAAAGCCGCGAAAACAGCCGUACUCGCGAGGACAAGAAUGGAAGAGGUCGUGAGAAUAAUCGUACCCCUCUCGAUGGUGCGCGCGAGAGCUCGGAGGACAGAGGUAGGGGUAUCUCCCGGAACUGGACGCCCAAGCCAGCUAAACGUUCGCCCACUUCUCCCGUGCCCAUGUCUCCCGAAGAUCUCAUCAACCUGAGCACCCCAGGGCGGAACGAAUCCGGAUCUAAUGAAGAGUUCGAAUCUGGCGAGCCGACUACUGUUCGCAAGGCUAGCCAAGUUAGACGAACCUCGCCAAAGAACACCCGCAUUUCCAGCCGUGCCUCGAGCCGCACCGGUCGCCAGAGGAGCCUAGAGCGGAGGCCUCCAGCGCUAACACUAGAACCUCGUGGUAGAAGCAAGAGCCGCGGCGAUGGCUCCUUGAUGAGGUCUCCAUCAUCGCCAUUACCGAUGUCGGCUCCUAUGAAGUUCUACACGUCGGAUGACGAGGAAGACUACCAAGCUGCCCUCGCAGCACAGGAGCAGUUCAGGAACAGGCAUAACCGCAGCGGCAGCCAGAAGGAUCCUUCUUCUCCAGCUGUCUCCCGAGCACGGGACCGUUCGCAGAGCCGUAGAAGAAACAAGACACCGGCAGAGCAAGAGGAGCCUCUACCCCUGGCCCCACCGGUGCCUAAGCAGAAGGUGCAGCUACAAAUCCAGAUCCAACAGCCGCAGCAGCAGCAGACAAGCGCUCCCCGAGCCGGAGACCUCAAGUUGAUCUCGGCCGAGAGACAACUAAAGAAAGAGGCAGCGGCCCGCGAACUAGAAGAACGUCGCAAGUCCCUCGCGCGUCGUCCCUCGGCACCGCCAAUUCCUCACCCGGAUGAGUUAUCCCCGAUCGUGUCUCGCCCCCCGAGCGCAUUCGAACUACCUCAGACGACUUUCGUGCCUCCUAGAGAUAUGCCAGCCAGAAGUCAUACCGCGGACCCCCACAGGAGCUCCCACACGCGCAGCGGAACCGUUCCCAUGAUCGGUCUCCCAGCAACGCCCAAGGCCAUGCGUCUCCAGUUCCAGUCUAACAAGCUCGAUGUACCAGCGAUCCCAGCCGCUUACAAGUCCUCGUCCGGGUCUUCGGGCCAGCCGUCUCCUGACCGGCCCCUCACAGGUAACAGCUCGCCGACCAAGUCUCCCAAGAAAUCGCCAGGAAAGUCCCCCGAGAAGGAGUCCUCGCCACCCCUGACUCUUCUCCCUUCGACCGUCUACUCUCCCCCCGCGCGACCCAACAUCCCGCGAUGCAUGUCCGCCCCUAUCCCCGAGGAGCACCCGCCACACCUCUCCCACUCGGCCCACCAGGGGAUGCAGGCCAGCAACCAGCCUCCCCGACGCGGGUCCAUCACAGCGAGGAAGAUGAGCGGCGAUUCCAGCGCAGGAUUGCCUGGUAUCCAGGAGACUCUGGGAGCUGGCAGACACUCGAGGAGGACCUCGCGUGACGACCAGAUCCCGCCUCCACCUCCACCCCCACCACCAGUCCUAAAGGAGCUUCAACAUCUGGCUAUUCCUCCUCCACCUCCUCCCGCGCCUCUCCCUGGUGCAAGGUCCAACGUGUACACCCAGCCGUCAGGCUCCGGAACCAUCGAGAUCGUGAUGGACGAAGAGGAGCAGAGCGCGGUCCCAGCACCGAUCAUAAUCCCCGAGCAGCCACCCAUGCCAGCCUCUAGCCCUCCCGUGAUAUCGCCCGUCCGGGGCCACAGCCGCGGCGCAAGCUUCACCGACAACAGUCUCGCGGGACGAAUCGGCCGCGUGACCGAGAAGAUGCGGUCCGCGAGCCGUGGCCGAACAAACUCGAUCCUCGGGAACAGGACGAAGUCGCCCGACACGACGAACAUCCCGUACGAGAGCGUGCCGCCGCCGGUAAGCAUGCACAACACCGGGUUCACGUCGCCCAUCAGCCAGCAAUCCGUCGAGCGCCACCCGCGCGAGGUCCGCGCCGCUUACCAGGAGCGCGAGUACGGCAGCGGGUUGCAUGCUAGUGAGAUGAUCUAA